AUGUCAUCAAACUCAAAAGGGAUCACCAGAAGUGAAGCACUGGAUGAUAGUAAUCAGUUGGAUCAUUCUCGACAUAAUCUAUACGACAAGAAGAUAACAAUGAUGCGAAGUUGUUCUGAGGUGACACCACGAGUAGAUUAUUAUUCCUCGUGGCCCGGUCAGUUGGCGCAUUCUAGAUCAGGCGCUUCAAGCGAAAUGCCGCUUAUUGGUGAAUGUCGCUACUGUGAUCAGAGCUGUCGCUGUUCUUGCUGUCCAUGCUGUGAUCAUCUUAUCAUCAUUUAUGCACCGGGCAAUAUUGAACAGUUGUACAAAGUAGACUUUGCUGAGGACAAACAUAUGGAAUCCGAAAUUUGGACAGAUGUCAACGAUUCUUCAAAGCCACGUCUUUCAAGUAUCACAUUCUCAACGGUAACAAGUGCUACCGGACUUCCGACAAUUGCUGCUGAACCUUCCAGGCCACGAUCAAGCAGCUACUGGAAGCAACCGGAUCGUGAAGGCUGUAAAAGUGGAACUAAUCCGGAGAAUAAGCAUUACCUUCAGCCACAAACAUCCAGUACUCCCAUAACUGAUACUAGUACAUUAAGCGAUGAAGGAAAGCAAAAGGAGGACACUGUGUUGACUAAAAUCUCCAAAAGUAGUUCAGGUACACAGGAUGAUGAGGAUGAUGUGAAUAUUGUGGCCUGCACUAGUUUGGAACGAAUUGAGGAAUCUGUGAUACGUACAUCAGAUGGUACAAAUUAUAGUUGUAAGGAAUUAAAUUCAGAUGAUGAAUUGGCUAGGAUUGCCGAAUGGGGCUUUCCUAUUUUCCGUUUUGCUGAACGUUAUCCAACAACAACACUUAGCAGGAUAGCUUAUUCAAUAUUCCGUGAACAUGGUCUGUUCCGGAUUUUCAAGUUGUCACCAAAUAAAUUUUUUAAUUUCUUUCAUUCAUUGGAAUGCGGGUAUUGGGACAUUCCUUAUCACAAUCGUAUACAUGCAGCGGACGUGUUACACGGGUGUUAUUACUUGACAUGUCAUCCAGUUUGUGCAUUUCUCGGUACACCAACUAAUAGUCCUCCUGAAUCUUCGUUAUCUAUUUCUGAUAACUCACCAUUACCUCUCUCAAGCAGCAUGAGUACACUUGAACUUAUGGCUUUAUUCACCGCGGCAGCAAUGCAUGAUUAUGAUCAUCCGGGACGUACAAAUGCAUUUCUUGUUGCAGCCGAAGAUAAAAAAGCUAUUUUGUACAAUGAUCGGUCAGUAUUAGAAAAUCAUCAUGCCGCUGAAUCAUGGCGUCUUUUAUCGAAAUCAGAAAAUUCAUUUAUUGAAACUUUAGAUGCAGCUGAAACGAAACGUUUUCGAUAUCUUGUGUUGGAAUAUAUCCUUGCCACAGAUCUCAAACUACAUUUCGAUAUCAUAAUGCAAUUUAAUGAAAAAGCAUCAGAUAUGGAUCUUAGUAACGAAUCACAUCGUGUGAUCAUUUCACAAAUGCUCAUUAAAUUUGCUGAUAUCAAUAGUCCUUCUAAGCCAUACCCACUUCAUCGUCAAUGGACUGAUCGCAUUUGUGAAGAAUUUUAUGGCCAGGGUGAUGAAGAGAAAAGACGUGGUAUGGCAGUGUCACCAUAUAUGGAUCGAGAUGAUCCGGCAGUUGCCAAAUUGCAGGACUCAUUCAUUUCUCAUAUUGUUAAUCCAUUAGCUGUUGCAUUGAAUGAAGCUGGGAAAAUGACUUCCACAAAAGUUAUGGAAUCAGGCAGUACUACUACUACUACUACUACUACAACUACAACUAAUGCUAUCACUCAGCCAACUUCAUUAUCACUCAAAACAACUAAUCAUGUUAUCGUCGAAGAGAAUAGUAAUGAAGAACAAAACAGCGAAUCGUGUAAUAAAAAUUGUGAAGAUGCAAACGGAUAUUCAAGUAAACAUAUCCAGUGA